AUGAAGGGGUACUACUUGAAGUCUGUUGAGCGCCUUGUACACACAAGCAAUGGCUGGCAUCUCAAUGCCUUUCGAAGCAGCGCUGAGCAGAUCCAGAGCUUUCAUGUUGAGGACAUGGCUGUCGCAAUGGAGGAGUUGGCCCCAGAGCUAUGGGAUCUCAUUGGAUGUCUACUCUCAAAAGAGAACUCAUCCCAUGGCUCUACAGAUGAUGGUCAAGAAGUGUUGGAUUCUGAGGAACUGGAGUACUGGAUGGCACUUGGUGAAGACGUGGAGUUUGAUCAGCAGGAUGAUGAAGCUAGCCAUACAAAACACCAGCAAGCAAUACUUCUACAAAGACGAAAUGCACUGGGGCGAAUCAAAACAGUCAUCAUCUUGUCAAUUAUGAUGCAUUCACUCAGUCAACAUUGUAAUGCAUUGGCUGUGGUCAAUGGCAUUUUCUUCCAUGCUUGCAACACACCACGCAAGGUCAUCAAGGCACUGGCACACAUGGGUAUCUCGAUAUCACCAAAUGCAAUCGACAAUGCAGUGCGCUCUCUUUCAUGGUGUUACAGUUUCAGCGCUUCAUGGUCACGUGACAGUUUACGUUGCACGUGA